GCCAGCGCUGCAGGGGCAGGACGGAGCGUCUCGGUAGCACCUUUGGUCUCGUAGAGUUUCACCUGUAGAAAUACAAAACAGAGCGUGUUCCCCGGGCCAGCGCAGGGAGGAAGAAGAGUUGGCUCUCCAGCCAGUAACGGCCCGCGCCAGCCUCUCCAAUGGCACUUGGGACAAUAGCGAGGAUGGGGUUGGGGCCGACUGGACCCAAGCUGGGAGCUGGGACAGUCUGUCCCUUAGUCCUUGCACUAGGGACUUGGCUUGGACGCUUUCAUAUUGUAAAAGGAGCCGAUUGGCCUGAAAGGUGAACGGCAGAGCUGACAGAAUUGUUGUGACUAGCCUGGAGUGUUUCCUGAAUGCUUCCAGGAUCCAGGCUGGGAACAGAGGCACAGGAGUGGGGAAGGCCUGCAGCUGUGCCAGCCUGCUGUCUCCCUGUCAGCCAGGAUGUGGGAGGCAGAGGUCAGCCCCACAUCAAAACCUGCCCCACCACGUACCUUCGCUUUCUCAUUGCUGUGUGCACCUCACUGAAUGGGCAUGUGACAUCAGAUGCUUCCUAGGCAGUUUCACAGAAAUAACAGCAAAUUAUUGGCCUGAUUACAGUUUUAUCUAAUAACCUUUUCCUUGGCUCUUAGCAGUUGCACCUAGUAGAUAGUGGCACUUGUCUGUCCUUGCAUUGCUGUCGUGCUGCUGCAGUCCUUAACUUUUAUGUUAGGCAAACUUUGGCAGUGACAAAUUGUCUCCUCUCUUUGGUCAUACCCAGGGCCUUUCUCAGCAUAGCAGGGAUCACAUUGCGAGGAGGACACCAAGGAGGCCAAAUGCCACUGUCCUCAGAUAAUGAUGCCUGCGUGGAGAUGUCAUGUCCCCAGUACAGGUCAGGGGCUUUGGCUGCCAUACUGGCCUGGCUGGGUGCCAUUCCUUGGCAUUUCCCGGGUUCCUCUCGUGCAGCAAAUCUGGAAGUAUUUGGCAGCUUCUUCCCAACCUGAAUCUCUUUCUGCUGUGCUUCUGAGUUUAGAGUGCUGUAUGGAAUGAGGUGGUUGCAGUGCCUUCAGAGGCAUCUUUCCCAUCCCAGUCAAGACACAGAAGGGUCCUUAUCACAUACCUAAGGGCAGACCCACCUGGGAGCUUUUUCUUCCAGUUCUAGAUAUAGUUCAGAAAAAAUACUAAGAAGAUGGACAAAGAAUGGAUGUGUUUUGAACUAAUUGGGUAGUUCUUGUCUCCUUGCUAUGUGUUGAUAUUUUAUACUCAUUAUGCUUCACCUAAGCCUCCCACUAUUACUUUAUUUCUGUGCCAAAGGCUGAGAGUGUGGCCAGGCUACCUAAAAGCAGAGUGAGCUGUGCUGACUGACUGUUGGUUCCUGCACUGCUGGCCAAGCUCUCCCCAGGUCUCACUGCCUAGUUCUCCUGUACCUUUUCUCCUGUUGUGAGCUCAAGGGAGAAUGCUGUCCCUUUGGUUUGCUCUCUGCUUGAGUCUGCAAGAAGGUGCUUCAGGCCUCCUCACUGAAAGGCUGUGAAACACCCCAUGCUUUACUUGGUUGCUUUUAACCCAACCUCGUUUCCCUGCUCCAGUUUAUGCUGUGAUACAACUGCUCCCAUAGCCUGGCUGAUGAGAAACUACGUAUCGGGAACGGGAGUCGGGGCAGGGACAUCCCAGCUUUGCUGCAGCUGGGGAGGCAGAGCUGCAUGGGCUGCUGUUGCUGUGCAGCAGGUUCCUUUUGGCCUAGGGACUCUGUCAGGGUGGAAAAGUCGAUAUCCUGUGAUAGCGAUGGGGACUCCACACUCUGCAUCUUUCACCCAUUGGUGUGGCCCCUGCACUCUGCUCACAGCUGGGUCACCAGUGAGCCAGCCCGUUAUUUUAGAUGCCCUAGUGAGCUCUCUCCAUGGCAAAGCUGCAGCCCUGGAUUUUCUGCCUAACCACACCUGGAGUCUGACACUGCUCCAGUGCCCUGAGAGCAGUGAGGAAGACCCCUGUGAACUGGAACACAAGAGCUUUCCCAUCAUUUAGGGCAGACACGUGCUUCUCAUGCCUGCUAUGUUCAAUGUGGAGCUCAGCACCACAGCCAUUGAACUGAAAGCGUCAGCUCCAAGGGCAGGCACAAAUGUAAUCCUGGGACACAGGAGUAAUUUGCUGACACGUCCCUACAGUGGCUGUUUUCUCACUGCUUUUUUUGACCUGAGUGGCCAAGCAAAACCUUGGUGUCCUCAUUAGGAGAAACUGGUUGUCAUCUUGUGUUGCUGGUUUUGCACCCAAAAUGUGUUUCUGCAGGACAAAACUGGAGCUGAGAGGGAACAGUGAUGCCUAAGUGCGUGGCAAAGCAGCACACCAGGCUGUUGGUCCCUGUGCCACUGGCAUUUCUGUGCUAGUCAAGCUGUCUCUGGGUUUGCUUGUCCUCAUGGAUUUCUUCUUGUGGCCAGCAGCACCCUCUGCUCUUCAUCUUGAACUUGUGGGUGGCCGUGGGUGCUGCCUUGUCUCGGUGUAUGACUGCCCUUGGGACCACUUGCUUCCUAGGGCUGAUGUAGGUGAGGAUUGUUUCUGUGCUGUUGAAACACAAGAGUUUGUCCCCAGCUACCCAGUGUAAAGGCAGCUUUAAGCAUUCUUAGUCAGCUCGUUUCAGAUAAAUGCACCUGUUGAAAGCUUUUUAAUUCUUUUUGAAGGGGCCUAAAGCUUUAUUUUGAAAGGUAUAUUGGUUUAAAAACCCGUGUAUUUUGUAUUGUUGUUGACUUACUUGUUCAAGCCUUAAUCAAAAGCCCCAAAGCUGCAAAUGAGAAACGUAGUGUCAACUCAGGAUCUUAUCCUUUCUAAUGAUAAAGAACAGAAAUUGCACCCUGCAAUGGCAUAGAAAACAACAGCAAAUUACAGUUUUCUGACUGCUCCCCCUCGUGACUUCGGGCUGCGUGAGGCUGACAGCACAUUAUCAGGUCAGCUUGCAGCUCAUACAUUUGCAGGCACUUGUUAUUUUAAGCGUGUCCCCACAGCUUGGUUUAAAAUAACCACCCCAGCCACACUCAAGUGAGGGAGAGAUGAUGUGCACACCCUGGCUCUUGGAGUCUGGCCUUCCCCCUUAGAACCAGGCCUGCGAGGAGCUGCUAUUGGGGGAGCACAUGGCACAGGGAGCCUGGGGCUGGUGGAAGGGGCUCCCACUGGUACUCAGGGGUGUGUGCAGAGGCUGGAGCACACUGUGUGUGCCACUCAUAGAGGCUGUGGCAGCACUCCAGCUGACGUCCUGGAGCUUGUGAGCAGGCUGUGUGAUCAUAAAAGGUGCCAGCGAAAUAAUUGUAAGCGAGGGCAGCUGUACAGUCACUCCAACAGUGACAACUUUGGCCUCUCUAUUCUAUGUCAAUAAGUUCAAGCCAAAAUCCAUUAAUGACUAAGAAUGAUGUUUGGGUUUGACUUCCAGCUCAGCCAGUUCACCCUGGGCUUUUCCCAGCUCAUGUUUCUACAAUAAAAUUUCCAAGCGUAUUUUUGUUGCUGUUGUGAGCAGCAGAACAGACUCCUGCUCCUUUGCCGUAGGGCCCAGAACUAGGGAUUGCAUCAAGCCGUGACCUUCCACCGCCUCAAAACUCUGACUGAGUUAAACGUAAGGGGAAAACUUCCCUGACUAGUAACCAGCGGGGAUUUACCUUGGGGCAGGUGACAAGGUUCGUGCCCAAAGGCGCGAGGAUGCGGCAGCUGCUGUCCUGCGGUGCACACAGACAAGUAUGUGCUUCCAUCUCCACCGGUUCUCGUGGAUGUUCAGCAGCUGCUUUGCAGAGCUGUCCUUGCCAUGAGGCCAGGAGCUGGUUUGCAGGCAGAUGUCAGAGGUGGCCGUGCUGGCACAUGGGAGGUGGGACUGGGUAGGCAGCAUAAGCUGGUGCUGCUAGGCUGGAUCCAUCAUAACCUGCCUGUGUGUCCUGCCACUGUCUCUGAGCUCCCAGGUCUCUGCAGGGAAGCAGCAGUGAUCACUAGCCGUCACUUGGCAUAGUCCUCACCUGGAGGCUGUACAAAAGGCCCUGUCACUUCCUUCUGUGGCCACUGCUUCCAGCACACCUCUGCCUGGUGCUGACCCGGAUGACUCUGUGGCUCCACCGCAAAGGUACUCUGGAGAGAGGCAAGCUCAGUUCAUCCACUCUCUGUAGGGAAGGGCUCCAGCCCUGUCUGCUGCUGCCGUUGUCACUUACUCUGGAGGAGGGUCACACAGGGCUUCUGCUGGCAUAUUCAUGCCUGUGUCUAAGCCAGCUGUCCCUUGUUACAGCUUCAUUAGGCCAAAUAGCUUUUGUUUUUAUAGCAGGAUGACCCCCUGAUAGCUGUAAAGCCAGGCAGGGAUGAGGCACAGGUGGCUUUCCCUGCAGGCUGGUUCCAUGAGGUCAAUCACAGCCGGGUGAGAGUGCAGGCAGUGGCGGAGCUGGCAGCGUGUGUGGUGAUGCUGCAGGGACAGUCCCCUCUGGGCAGGGACACUGGGGACACUUUCCUUCAUCUCCUUUGUUUUUGAUUUUUCUGUUUCACAGCUGCAUUUGGUGGUGUGCUCAGGUGGCUUUGUGGUUCAAGCAUGCUUGUGACGUGGGUGCAUCUGGGGGGACAACGUGUGGAAGCCAAGCUCCGCUCGCUUAUUUACUGGGGGGAAACUUGAGCCGGGCAGGUGGUGGCAUCUGAGCCACAGCCUCUUGGCUCUGUGCUAAUCGCUGUGAAUGUCACAACACCGCCGGGUGUGCUGCUGGGCACGGAUCGGGUAACAAUCGGGUCACGCGGUACAGCUCGGGUGAGGGCAGCUCGUGGGGUUCCCUUCCCCAGGGCUCGCAGCCUUUCUGGGCUGCAGCCUACGGAGGGUCAAAGCCAUCCUGUCCUCAUCAAGAAGGCUCAGCCUGACCAAUGAGCAGUGCAGACAGGGCCGUGGAGUGGAUCUGACCCCUUCCUUGUGGAGCCUGGCAGGGCAGCAGCUCUCCGUGAGGAUGUAUAGCUCUUAUGGGAUCCUGCGUAGGACGUUCCUACCUAGCAUAGGCACCCCCACAUUGUUGGGAUGCUGCUGAGCUGAUGUGUGCUGGAGACUGAGGCCUGUUUCGCAGGUUGAGGAGGUCUGUGCCGGGUGUCAGUCUGUCUGACCCAGCCCUGCGGUGGGUGGGAGCUGAUGGCAGGGAGCUGCAGAGUACCCCCAGGGUCUCCUGGCUGCACUGUUACUGCUGCAGCCAAGGCUUCAUUUUCAGGUGGGAAAGGAGCACAUAGGUGUAUUGCAAGAAAACCAAGAGUGUCAGUUGAUGCUCUGCUUACUCUUCUAUUUAUACUUUUUGGGCUUUUUUUUAACUUGCAAGUUUGUGAGAGCUGGAAAGUGGAAGAGCAAAGCAGCCAGCCUGCUUGGGAUACAGCUUCCUAUCACAGCUGUAUCCAGGGCCCCUCCGGGCAUGUGUUAAAGCAAGACAAAUACCUGACAAGUUUUCUCUUUCCCUUCUCUCCAGACAAGAGGAUCUUACCUGCAUGGUGCAAUCAUUAAUUUUAGGAGGAUUUAGGAGACAUAUGUCAGCAGCUCUCUGAUCUGCCAGUUUCUCCUUUCAAGACACUUUUCUGUAGGACUGCAGUGGGGAGGAAGAACAUGUGUGUGAUACUGCCAGUCUCUGCUGGGAACUGAGGCCAGCAAGGAUGCUGCUGUAGAUGACUGACUCACUUGUGCCUCAUGUGCAAUGGCUCUACAUGGCCUCUGCAGGACUAGAACGUGCUAAUCUGGGCCCCGAACAGGAGAAGAGCAUCGGGCUGGAGUCAGGCACCCUCCUGGCAGUGGGAGCUCAGCCACACUGGGCCUGGCACCUCGCUCAGCAGCAGGCGAAACCCAUCUGCAAUUUGGAGAAGUAUGUGAGUGCUCUCCAGAGUGGCAGCCCAUUGCCCUCAGGGAUCCCUCUGCAGCAGUCCUGCUGCCUGCACUCACCCUCACUAUGCCAGGCAGCCCCUGCUGAGGAUGUGGCCCCAGGUGGGAGCUCGCUGCCCUGCCAGCGCCCCUGCCUCAGACUCAAGCCCCCUGUAGACUUUCCUUUCCAAAGCCCUCCGCAGCCCGGCUCUGCCAUGGGAAAGAUGAUGUCUUCCUUUCUGAUGGAGCCCUGCCUGCUGCCUGUGCUGGUGGAGGAGCGCUCUGGGACUGGGCUCAAAGGCUCUGCCAUCAGCUCAGAUCGGGAGGCUUCCAGCUCCUACAGAACAAUGCUCAAUAACAACUCCUUUCUACAGCCAAGCAGUGCUCAAGUGCCUUUGCUGCAGUCACUGGAGAUCAAGAAGGUGACAAACACUCCCAGUUCCCCUACUGCCUCAUGGCCCCACUCCAGGGACACUGGAGACAGCUGCCCUGGGAGCUUGGUCACUGAGGUGGUAAAAAGCAGGGAUCUGGUGUUGGAGCAAACCGCAGUCCCCUCCCUGACCCCCGCGCCCAGCAGUGUGAUCCUCGGGAAGGAGCAGUGCUCGUGGGAGGAUGCUGAGAGGACACAUAGCUUAAGAGAGCAGGAGCUGGCGGUCAGGCUGACAGAGGCUGUGCAGCAGCCAGCCAGCCAGACUGCCUCAUGUGCCGGAUUUGCACGCCCAGUCCACAGCUCUGGCUUUGGGAACGUGGGCAGCCCGUGCCUCUGGGAGGGCGAGUGGGGACAGCACAGGGUGGCACAGCUCGCCCCGAAAGGAGCUGUGGCUCUGCUGAACCUGGAGCCGGGCAGCCCUGGCCUUCACAGCCACUUGAGCCUUACGGACACCAGUGCUGCCGGUGUCUGCACCGAGCACGUCUCAGACUCUGCCCACUGCUCACCCGUGGCAGAGCCCCCACACCUCGCUGCUGUGUCUGAAGUGGUGACUCGGAUGUCCACCAUCCGACUGGAGAAAGAGGAGACGUGGGCCCAGGCUGCACUGCCGGGAAAGCUGUGUGUCACUGCUGAGCAAUUGCCACUGGAGCUGAGCCAUCCUCAGGAUGAAGUGGAAGAAGAGCUUCUUGAUGGCCUGGAUGAGAGCUGCAGUCAGGAGGAGGACGAGGACAGUGACUUGGAUGCUUCCUCUGUGGCCGGCAUCUCAUCCAGAGGCUCCCUGGCUCUUGUGUCCAGGAACUGCAUCAAGUGCCCAGCCCAGCCCGAUGAGGCUCAGGAGAAAGUGCUCAAACCAGCUCUUGUCUGCAGUUUAUUCCCUAAUGUGCCUCCAACCAUCUACUUCAGUACACGUGAUGAGAGAGUGGAAAAGCUGCCUUGGGAGCAGAGGAAGCUGCUGCGAUGGAAAAUGUGUGCAGUCACACCGAACAUAGUGAAGCAAACUGUUGGCAGGUCUCACUUCAGAGUCAGCACAAAAAGCAAUGACUGGCUGGGUUGCUGGGGCCACCACAUGAAAUCCUCCAGCUUCAGAGCCAUCAAGGAGCACCAGAAGCUAAACCACUUCCCCGGUUCAUUUCAAAUCGGGAGAAAGGACCGUCUGUGGCGCAACCUGUUGAAGAUGCAGGCUCGCUGUGGCAAGAAGGAGUUCAACUUCUUCCCCCAGUCCUUCAUCCUGCCCCAGGACAUCAAAUUACUCAAGAAAGCAUGGGAGGAAGGAGCUAGCCGCCAGAAAUGGAUUGUGAAACCCCCAGCAUCAGCAAGAGGCAUUGGUAUCCAGGUCAUCCACAAAUGGAGUCAGCUCCCCAAAAGGAGACCGCUGCUGGUACAGAGGUAUCUGCACAAACCCUACCUCAUUGGAGGGAAGAAGUUUGACCUGAGGAUCUAUGUUUACGUCCCUUGCUACGAUCCCCUCAGGGUGUACCUGUUCCAGGAUGGAUUGGUUCGCUUUGCCAGCUGCAAGUACUCCUCCUCAAUGAAGAGCCUCAGCAACAAGUUCGUGCACUUGACCAACUACAGCGUGAACAAGAAGAACGCAGAGUACAAGUCCAAUUCAGAUGAGACUGCUUGUCAGGGACACAAAUGGGCACUCAAAGCUCUCUGGAGUUACCUGACCCAGAAGGGAGUUAAUAGCGAGGCCAUCUGGGAGAAGAUUAAGGACAUCGUUAUCAAAACCAUCAUCGCAUCCGAGCCCUACGUCAACAGCUUGCUGAAGAUGUACGUGCGGCGGCCGUACUGUUGCCAUGAGCUGUUUGGGUUUGAUAUCAUGCUGGAUGAAAACCUCAAACCCUGGAUCUUAGAGGUCAACAUUUCCCCAAGCCUCCACUCCAGCUCCCCACUGGACGUGAGCAUCAAGGGCCAUAUGAUCCGGGACCUCCUCAACCUCGCCGGCUUCGUUCUGCCCAGCACAGCCAGCGUGGCCUCAGGGUUGCAGACACAGAAUGGUUCUACCUGCAGUCUGGGCAGUGCUUUGAAGGAGAAGCCCAAGCCAGCAUCUGAGCAUUUCAUAGCAGAGAAGAUGAAGAAGGCCUAUUACUUAACGCAGAAGAUACCUGACCAGGAUUUUUAUUCUUCUGUGUUGGACACGCUGACCCCAGGCGACGUCCGUGUCCUGGUGGAGACGGAGGACGAGUACUCGCGGCGCGGGCAGUUCGAGCGGGUGUUCCCCAGCCACGGCUCCAUGCGCUACCUGCGCUUCUUUGAGCAGCCCCGAUACUUCAACAUCCUGCUCACCCAGUGGGAGCUCAAGUACUGCUCGAACAAACAGAAAGGUCUGGAGCUGCUGAAGAACUGGUGUGUCAAAGGGUACCAUGCUGGGGCAGGGACAGAGUCAGCCCAGAUGUGGUCGUUGCCAAAGUCUUUCUUACUCCAGAAGAGUGAUGUUCCAUCAAAUAGCUUCAGCAAACUGGAACUGGGCAAACUGGGCACGGGCUCUCCUCUCUCCUGCAGCGCGCUCCUCCCUGCCGCGGCUGAGGACCUCGGGCGCUGCCGGGAGCCCGGCCCCGCUCACAACUUACCUCUCAACAAGUGCACUGCUGGAGCCGGCCAGAAACCCACGGGCUGCCUCUCGGACGCUGCCCUGGUGCUGUGAGCAGGCAGGGGCCGGCCCUCCCCGGCCGAGGGACUCCUCAACCUACCUCAAGGACAGAGACGGGAGCGGUGAGCGGAGCGCGAGGGCGGCGGCAGCUCCCCGUGCCGCACGCUGGUUUGUGGGGCUGUUUUUAGAGGGGUGUUUCAGUGGGCAAAGAGGAGUGCUGUGCAACUUCCAAUUCUGAAACAAAUGGCAAAGCCUGGGGCCAAGGGUUUUGUCUGGCUUUUGUCCCAGGCCACUCUUAACGCCUGACUAGUGGUGGUGGUGGUUUCUUUGCCAUGUGGGAGCAGACUGAGCUCGGAGCCAGUGCAGCCUUCCCCAGUGAGCCCUCACUUGCCCCUGUCUCUGUGUCCCGAGUUGCUGGGAGCUGGGUCUGCUCCUGCCACUGGAGAAAAAUCCCUGGCCACCAUCCCUCUUGUCUGGAAGGAGUGGGGUUUGGGACUUCAGCUGACCUGGUUCCUGCUUUCUGAAUGCUUGUGCCACCAUCCAGCCCUUCCCUGGCCUCAGGACUGUGGGAGGACCUUGGGCUUGCACAAAGAGAGAUGAUGGGUACCAGCAGAGCUUGGGUUGGGUGUGGGGCUGCCCAGGAGGGAGCAUCCUCUCUAGGCCAUCAGCUCUCCUGGGUGACACACAUCAUGUGUGUGGGGACUGCAGGCUGGUGCUCUUCUCCUGGGCUCUGCUCUCUGUUUUCCUUUUGUUUCUCAAGGAUUUCUAUUAAAGUUUAUUAUUCAGCUGCU